AUGGCGAGAUUUUCUCUUCCGUCGCCGGCCUUUGACUUCUUCCAGCCUCCUCCAAACCUCGACACAAAGCCCAUGUUCGCCAGAGAUGAGGAGAUGAGUGUACUAGACGACAAGAUCCUCGACACCAGUGCUCAAGAUAUGUCGAUGGACAGCUCACGGCGGACGUCCUUUGACCAGGCCACCGACGAGUUCUCGCGGAGAGAGUCGGUAUGGUCGGAUAUGGCUCAGCACCAGACCGACGCACAGUCACGGCAUCUAUCACAACUAUCGACACCACUCUUCGAGCCUGUCAGCAAUCCCUUUGUGCGACUAGAUGCACCCACAGGAGCCUUCGCCCAGCAACAACAUCCACACCACCAGCACCACCAGCAGCAACAACCGAUUUGGCCGGUAUCUAAUGAAUCCGGCUCUUGUACCCCUACACCAAUCUACGAGAACUUCCCCCAAGAGUUCGAUGGCGCCGUUGCCAACCCCUUUACCGGUGGCGCCGUUGGCCAGGUACAGCCAAUGUCGUAUCAGCAGAUGCAAUUCAGAGCCUCUCCGCCCUUCGCGGCUCCCAAUUCUAUUCCCAUGUCUCCGCAAUCUAGCCAAGGCUGGGUAUCAGGCUCAUCUGAAGUGCCGGAAGUCCAGUCACGACCUGUCAGAACAUCUGGUGGAUAUCGAAACAGCGCAGCCAGUCUUACCAUCCGACGAGACGGAAUUCGCAAGAAGAACGCCCGUUUCGAUAUCCCUGCCGAGCGGACGCUGAGUAAUAUUGAUCUCCUGAUCAGCCAGUCAAACGACGAAGACGAGAUAAAGGAACUCAAGCAGCAGAAACGUCUUCUUAGGAACAGGCAGGCAGCCCUUGACUCUCGCCAGCGGAAGAAGGUUCACACCGAACAGCUGGAGGAGGACAAACGAAGAUCUUCAACUCACAUUAAUGAGCUCCAGGAGGCACUCCAGGAGAUGAAGCUUCGAGAGGCAGAACUCAUCAGGGAAAAGAACGAAAUGCUCGAGCGCCAGCAACAGUUGCACCAGUUUGUUGAACAGCUCCACAUGGAAAAGGAAGAGUUGAUCCGCAAGCACACCCUUGAGACAGGCGAGCUCCGCAAGAAGAACACUAUUCUUCGAGAACAUUUGGAGCGGAUAGAGAUGAACUCUAGUAACUCCUCUGACCCUGGCUCUGCGGUUCGCAACGACUUUUCCGACUAUGGCGGUCUCAACAUGGACAACCCUUCAUGGGAGUCAUUCUCCCUAUCGGAUGAGUUCAGUCUCGACACCGAACAGCGCCCGCAGCCUCGCAGUCCUACGCCUAUACCUGCUCGACAUCCAUUCACUCUAGACUUCAGCUCCAAGAAGACGGAGAAACAAGCAGAGAAGCCGUUGACCCAGUCCGACUCUGCUUUCAGUUGGAAUGCUUUCUACAUGUGCCUACUUUUCGGUGCCUUUAUUGCCUCCAAUAGCACCUCCACGUCGCAGCCCGCCAUUCCCGCUCUGUCCGAAGAAUAUCGCGCAGAGUCAGCAAACGUCUUGCGUGCAGUUCUCGCCUCCGGCUCUCCUGAGGCGAGCUCGGCUAGCAUUGUUGGUCCCUUGCCCAGCUCCAGGGCCUUGUUACCCACCACCAUCAGCAACAGUGAAAUGGCCCAGAUCACCUCCGGCCCUGCUGGCGGUGCUGCUACAAAUCUUGAUGUUUUGCAUAACAACCUCGUUGCACCGUCAAAAGAACAGGAAGAGGCCCAGGCCUUUGCCAUGACUACCAAGCAAUACCAAGCACUCACUACUCUAGGUGAUGACGAAAUGGGCGAGGACCACGUUGCUCCUCCAUCGAACCUGCAGCAGGCCUACGCAGCUAUGCGCAAUAAUGGGCUUCAGAACCGUGCCGCUUUCAAGGGAAAUGGAAACCCAGACAUCUACUCGCGAUCACUAAUGUGGGACCGCGUCCCCCAGAAGGUAUUACAGGACUUCAACAACAUGGUGAGAGAGUGUGCUGGAAAGACUGUCAAGGCCGAGGAGCCUGGCAGGGAGUCCGCCGCCUGUUGAUUUCUUUUCAGCAAAUCUUCCUUCAACCGACAAAUACUUGAGCAAGCCUACGGUAUACAAUACGGAAUAUCAACGUUACCAGUGCAAUGAAUUUUCGGCCAGUAGGUGAUACUUCCUCGUCGCACUGCUGACCCUAUCGCUCUACGCGGCCCAUAAUGGAUUUAUCCAUCGCCUAUUUCGUUUGUUCUCUCCAAUCGCAUCUACGUCUUGCAUUUUUUCUUUUGGAUGAAGGUUCUAUGCGCCAUGUUUUAUUUCUUCCCUCGCGAGUUAUGCAUCUUUUCUCAUUCUUAUGGGCCGUCUGUGGAUCGGACGGAUGGCAGAAAAUAUUCCUACCAUUAUUACCUUGUCGAGGGGGACCAGAGUCUCUCCCUCCAGAGACCAGCCGCGAGGCAUUCACCGUUUCAUACCCGCAUUCACACAUAGCUAAUUGUUUUCGCUGCUUGUUGCUUUCCUUUUCCGCAUUUUUUGAGAGGAGGGGUUUUUUUACGGGUUCUUGUUAAUGUUUUUUGAUGGAUUCCAUGCUUUCUCAUUUACACUUGUUCAUUUACUCAUUUCUUUUUUUUUUUUUUUAUCCUUUUUCUUUUACUUCGCUUUCCCCUUUUGACCUUUUUGAUAUUUCGCUCCGUUUGCGCGAACAAGCUCCCCAGAGAUUUUAUCCAAACUUUUAUAUACAGACCACGACGUCGUCUACUUCCCUUUGUCCACUCACUCUCAAACCACCGCUUCGACAGCAACAUACCUUUCAUUUGUCUGAACUCUACCCCUUCCCCAUCCCUCCUCAUCUCCCCUGAGUCUCUCUCCCCAUUUCGGUGUAUUAGCUCAAGUAACUCCACUCCUCUUUCCGCGCGUUGCUGUCUGUUCGUUCUAGCCUUGUCUCUUCAUCCUUGUUUCGCGCAUCGGCAGCUUCAAGCUCUCCAUUUCACCCCUGAACCUGACCCUUCCCAACUUUCUUCCACUUCCUCUCCCUUUUGACUUCUUGGGAAAUAUUGAAAAUAAUCCUUUUUAUUUGUUCAUCUUCCCCCCCCCCCCCCCUCUUUUUUCUUCGAUGUACGAACCCGAGGACACGACCUGACAUGACCUUAACGAUAUGAUGUAUGAGAGCGAAGAAUGAU